GUGCGUACCUUCCCAUUAUCCCAUAUCUUUCCAUAUUCAUAGUCCUUCCUUCUCUCACUUCUCCCUCCCUUUCCCCUUCCUCCUUUCUUCCCUCUCUCCGGGGGAACUGGUUCAACCAGAGUACAACCUGGUCAUCUACCUCUAGCGCUGGAGCAGCUGCAGGAGCUGGGACGUGCCGAGCAGCAGCGGAGCUGAGGCUAGGGAGGCCAGGCUGGCUCACUGCGGGGCGCCGAGGACGAGCAGACGGCCCGGCCGCCUCCUGGAGGCCCAUGCGGGGCCGGUACAGCCCGCUGUUCGUUCAUGAGGCCGCCGUGGUGCGGGAGGAGGACCCGCGGCAUCCCGCUGGGGCUGCUCGCGCUCUGGGUGGCCGCCGCCCGCUGUCUGCAGAGUCAUGGGGUGUCACUGUACAUCCCCCGGUCAGCCAUCAAUGCCACGGUCCAGGAAGACAUCCUGCUCUCGGUGGAGUACUCCUGCCAUGGAGUGCCCACAAUCGAAUGGAAGUACACAUCAAACUGGGGUGAGCAGAAGAUAGUGGAGUGGAAGCCGGGGACCCCAGCCAAUGUCUCCCAAAGCCACACAGACAGAGUCUGCACCUUCGACAAUGGUUCCAUCCAGCUCUUUGGUGUGGGCGUGAGGGACUCUGGCUACUACAUCAUCACUGUCACGGAGCACCUGGGGAGCAGACAGUUCGGCACGAUCAUGCUGCAUGUGUCUGAGAUCCGCUAUGAAGACCUCCACUUUGUCGCUGUCUUCUUUGCUCUGCUGGCCGCUGUGGCUGUGGUGCUCAUCAGCUUCAUGUGGGUCUGCAACCAGUGUGCACACAAAUUCCAGAGGAAGAGGAGACACAAGCUCAGAGAAAGCACCACCGAGGAGCUUGAAAUGAAAGAUGUUGAGUGUUAGCCAAGACUGUGCCCAAUUACACUGCUACCUCAAGAGAAAAACAGUAUUUUCCAGUUGGAGGAACAGACAGAGGCAAUCCUCGCCGCAGCCUCUGGCCAUCCUUUUCUGACAGAGACAGCUGCAAGAUCAGAAAGCUGUUGGGGGAGCCUGAGGCUACGACUCACUAUAGGAAGCCGCUCUAGGACUUGCACGUAGGAACAGACCAACUGAGGCUUUAGGCCGGGAACUUUUCUCAAUUGCAGCUUCAGAACCGCACUGAUCCUUAACCAAUGACACCGGCAGGCACCAGAAGCUGCUUGCAGUACUGGCUCUGAUCCCAUGCUGGCCUGCUGGAGGAGUCCCUGUCCCCAGGGUCAGAGUGUCUGCAGAGAGGCUCAUUGCAGCCUGCGUUGGGACGUGCUCUCUGUGUCUGCCCGCAAACUGCUGCAGCUUCCGUCUCCAUCCUCCGUUGCAUACACACGACUGUGCAGACAGUGUGAGCAAGCCUGAGGCUCUGAGCCGGUCUCGUGAGGUCGAGUGCUGCACCUCAGGGAGCCGAACUGAGUACACCAGGGAAGCAGAAGAUGGCGUUCCCAUCCUCUCUCACACAAAAUUAAUCAGGUGGCCUAACCUUGGGUUUAGUGUGAGGAACGUGCGACUUGUGUUGACCAAGGCAGUUCGAUGGGGGGUACAAAGGAAACUACUGUAAGGUCAGGCUUCCUUCGGUUUCAUCCUAUCCAGUCACCAACGCUCGGCCUCCAGUCAGAUCCCGGGCUAAAGAUGUGGCCACGCCUACCUCACAGGGCAUGAGGAGAAGCCACCAUUAGGCUUCUCGGAGUGAUUAAGAAAAGCAUGAGAGGGCUGGAGAGAUGGCUCAGUGGUUAAGAGUAUUGCCUGCUCUUCCAAAGGUCCCAAGUUUAAUUCCCGGCAACCACAUGGUGGCUCACAACCAUCUGUGAUAAGGUCUGGCGCCCUCUUCUGGCCUGCAGACAUACACACAAGUAGAAUAUUGUAUACAUAAUAAAUAAAAAAAUAUGUAUUUAAAAAAAAAGAAAGAAAAGCAUCAGAAUCCCUGAAGCAUCUGGAAAGCUAUGUAGGAAAGUGCUGUAUUGAGUAGUAGCGGUCUGAGGCCCUGGGAUGGAGCCAGAGAGAAGGUUCAGCACUAAGCGCCCUUGCGCUCUCACAGAGGACCCAGAUUCAGUUUCGAGUGCCCACACGGUGGCUCAUAACCGUCUGUAACUCCAGUUCCAGGGGAUCUGAUGCUCUCUUCUGGUCUCCAUGCAUGC